AAGACCUUCAAACUACUCCAAAAUCACGCAAGUAGCUUAUCCUUCUAUCCCGUCCUAUAUAUCCCCACAUCCGCUACGCAGCCUUCUGACGUCUUCUUUUGCUUCAAGAUGUCAGAGGUCAAGGUAUAUGUAGCCAUAUCCGACGACGGCGGUGUUUACAAGCACUGGGCUCUCUUCAUUGACGAACCCGGAGCGGACGAAACCUGGCUCAAUGCCCGGGGAUCUGAUGGCCGUUUUCGCUAUGAAACGGAGAAAAGAGACGUUCGUCGUGACGAAAGUCCGGUGGAGCUAGUCUACCUUUGUGACGUGGAUGUCGCCAAAGCCAACAUGAUUCGGGAUGUCGCGAGGAAAAUCCCCGUUCACAAUGAGAUCUCCGGUUGGAAUUGCCAAGACUAUGUGCUUGAUCUCUUGGACGAGUUGGAAGAAAGGAAAGUCAUUGACAGUGAAGACGAGGUAUAUCGCAGGCAGAGGACUUAUAUUGCGGAAAAACAAGAAGGACUGGCAUAACGCUCUUCUUCGUCUGCCUGUUAUUGGAGAAGUUGGAUGGAUUUCUUCCUUUUCCUCGCGAAACCGAUUGUUCAUAUUAGGCAUGUAAGCUCAGUGCAUGAUAUCUAUCCGAUCUGUUGUUGUCAGCCAGUUGCCGUUUAACACCUGAAAUCGAAUUUUCAAGUGACAUAUUGCUUGAGACGUGCCGUAGCUAAACGAAG